AUCUGGCAGCUAUUAGGAGGUUACUCGACGCCGAGAACACGACAGGCACGUGCCCUAGCUGUGAAAUGCCCUUCGACAAGGGUAAAAAACGUAGACUUAUCGAUAACUGCGGCCACGAAAGAUGUUACUCCUGUAUGUUCACCAACGAAGCGUGUCCUUUAUGUUCCCUCAAUGGCUCUAUCUCUAAUUCAGAUGGAGAAUAUCUUAACAGUGUAAGAUUUGCUGACGGCAUAGUUCUAAUUGCAAUUGCCAAUAGUUCUGAAGAACUACAAGCACAAAUGAACAAACUAAACACAGACAGUAAUAAAGGUAGGCAAGAGUUAUCCCCCACUCGCAGCGAGAUUGGACACCCAGAGAAACUACCAAAGAUUCGUCCGAAAAACGCGAAAAAUCGCCUGGAGCAGAACGUAAUGACCCAGAGCUGCCCCACGCCGCCCCAAUCCAGACGGAAGUUCUUUCUCAACCCGAAAGCGAUAAGAAGCCCGUUUUUAGGGCGAGGGUGGAGGCAGCAAGCAGACGGAGCCAUGUCAGCCUCUAUGACGUCAUCAGCGACAUCUACAGAAGGAAAACAUUGGCCCAGCGUCGUUUUGGGGAAAAUUCGUUCGCUUUGGAAAGCGGGGCAUAGCGGUCCCGGUGCCGGACUGAACCAGUUGGCCUCAGAUGAUGAGGCUUCUCUCAAAACCCCAUCGGCCAAAAAAUCUUCGGAAAACGACAUGUACAUGCGACUUGGACUUCUACUAGGCGAUGGAGCAAGAAGAUCCAAAGGUAAUCAAGGUUAUAAUCUCGAAUCAUGCUCGUCGUUGGCCAGUUAUGAAACUAGUGCCAUGAUGUCGACUAACACUAGUCCAGUGUCUACAUUAACGGGUAGCUCAGAAGACCCUCACAGGACAAACCCUAGUUCUGAUAGUGUAGCAUCAUUAAUGUCCAUGUCAAUGUCUGGGCAAAGCAACUGCAGUACUAGCCCAGUUAGUAGAAGACACAGCGUAACUACUGCCCAACCUGGGCAAAUAGAAGAUCUCAAUUUAUUUAAGAAUAGAAGAACCUGUAUUCGACGAUCAGCUAGGACUGGUAUCGUCAUAAAAGGAGCCAUCGACCCAAAAAUUCGAUUCGCCCAGUAUAAAGCACCUCAAUUAACACUGAAGCCGUUGUUUUUCGAGGUACCUCUCCAAGAACCCGAUCCCCUAUUUCUUGGAAGGCAUUGGCUUUUCAAAAAAAUGGAAGAAAUUAUUGGUUCUCCAGGUUGUGGAAUUCUAUUAACAGGCAACACUGGUACCGGCAAAACAGCCUUAAUUCUACAACUCGUCGAGUAUAGCUGUUUCGGUCGAAGAAAGGAACCUUUGUAUCAAUCUGUUCAUUCGCCAGAACGCUCCAGAAGCCCUCCAUCCACUAUAUACGGUCCUAUCGAUUUAGUCUCCGAGAAGAUUAAAAAAUUAGCUAGUACCAUAGUGGCUUACCACUUUUGUCAAGCAGACAAUAACAAUACGUGCCUUGUUCCUGACUUUAUCCAUUCCUUAGCGGCGCAGUUAUGUCAAGCGCCGCAACUAGUCGCUUAUAGAGAGCAUUUAUUGAACGAAACUACGCUUCAAAAUGUGUUGUCUCUAAAAGAAUGCAUUGCGAAUCCCGAUGUAGCCCUUACAAGAGGCAUACUUGAGCCUCUUUCAAGUUUAAAAAGGGUUGGAAAAAUCGAUAAUAUUACUUGUACGAUUUUGGUAGAUGCACUUUGCGAAGCUGAAUAUCACAGAUCAGAUAAUGGUGAUACGAUUACGACGUUCCUUCUAAAACAUAUUCCAAACUUUCCGCCUUGGUUGAAAGUAGUCGCCACUGUAAGAACUCAGCUUCAAGAAUUGACAAAACAGUUUCCUUUUACUAGAAUAAGUCUGGAUAACACUCCUGUAAAUGAAAAUAUCCAAAAGAUAUUUCGAUAUAUCAAUUUUAGGCUACAAAACAGACCAUGA